AUGACUGCCAUUGUGAAUGCCGCUAUAGUUGGGGACUCACAGUGCCGUGGCUGUCAUGAGGGCGAACCUGGAAAUAAGCUGCUCAUCAAACAGAUGCAGGAGGGCUUCGAGAACGUGACCCUGAUCUCGGUCGGACGUCAAAACUUCUCACUUCACCUAAAACAUGAGACUCGCCAAGCGCAGCGUGCUUCUUCAACACUGGCCACCUCAGCACUUCAUGAGUAUGAUCACAAGGACGGUCGCCUCAACGCUGGAGGGAUGGUGGCGAUGGCCUGA